GAAAUCAACAAUGUGCAAUCUUGUAAUGUUCUAAGAAAAUUAUUGGAUUUGAUGCCUAUAAAUUAUACAUACGCCUAAGGCAGGGUCUUAAACACGUAAAGCCUAAGCUACUGAUUCAAAAUCAGCCUCAUCUUUUUUCCUUGAGUUACUUCCGGUCUCUCCCUCCAGACCUACCUUGCCACCAGAGUCUUACUCUUGUUUCUUAGAAAUGUUUGCUUAUAUAUCUCCAUCGCCAUCUACUCCUUCCACCUUAACCACCGGCCAUCCACAAGGAAUUAAACAUGAUGUCUUCCUUAGUUUCAGCGAACAAGACACUCUUGCUGGUUUUACCAGCCACCUCUAUGCUGCUUUGGACCGGAAACAAAUCCUAACUUUCAUAGAUUAUCAGCUUGUGAGAGGAGAUGAGAUUUCGGCAUCACUUCUGAGAACAAUUGAAGAGGCCAAGCUUUCUGUGAUUGUUUUUUCUGAAAACUAUGCAUCUUCCAAAUGGUGCUUGGAGGAGCUUGUAAAGAUUUUUGAGUGUAGAAAAAAAAAUGGACAGAUAGUUAUUGCGGUAUUCUACAAGGUGGAUCCAACCCAUGUAAGAAAUCAAACAGGAAGCUUUGGGGAUGCAUUUGCUAGACUUAUAAGGAAUAAAGCUCUGACGUUGGAAGAAGUGCAGAGCUUCAGAGACGCUUUGACGGAUGCAGCCAAUCUAUCUGGAUGGAGCUUAGGGAAUUCUGGGCUGGAGUCUGAAUUUAUUAAGAAUAUCGUUGGAGAUGUUUUGAAAAAAUUGCAUGCCAUGUCUUCAAGUCACACUACGACGGGUCUAUUUGGAAUUGAUGUUCGUGUUAGCAAAGUUGAGUCUUUGUUAAAUAUGGAAUCUCCAGAUGUUCUCAUUGUAGGCAUAUGGGGAAUGGGUGGUAUCGGUAAAACAACGAUUGCUGAAGCUGUUUGCAGCAAGGUUCGUUCUCGAUUUCAAGGAAUAUUUUUUGAAAGCUUUAGGCAACAAUCUGAUUUGCGAAGAAAAUUUCUUAAACGGCUGCUUGGCCAAGAAACUCUGGACACUAUGGGCUCCUUGAGUUUUCGACAUUCUUUGGUGAGGGAUAGACUUCGUCGAAUAAAGGUGUUUAUUGUUCUGGAUGAUGUGGAUGAUUUAAUUCGUUUUGAAGAAUGGAAAUAUUUGCUUGAUCGACAAAACAGUUCAUUUGGUCCGGGCAGUAAAGUUCUCAUAACAAGUAGGGACAAGCAGGUGCUUAGCAAUGUAGUUGAUGAGACAUAUGAGGUUGAGGGGUUAAAUGAUGAAGAAGCUAUUCAACUCUUUAGCUCGAAAGCAUUGAAGAAUUGCAUCCCCACAAUUGAUCAAAGACGCUUGAUAAAAAAGAUUGUAAGGCAUGUACAAGGCAAUCCGUUGGCUCUUAUAGUUUUGGGUUCCUCUCUCUAUGGUAAAACCAUCGAAGAAUGGCGCAGUGCAUUGAAUAAACUAGCUCAGCACCCUCAAAUUGAAAUGGCGUUGAGAAUUAGUUACGAUGGGUUGGAUUCAGAACAAAAAUCCAUAUUUCUUGACAUAGCACAUUUCUUCAUAGGAUGGGACCAAUACGAAGUAAAAAGAAUAUUAGAUUGCUUAUAUGGUCGAUCUGUGAAUUUCGAUAUAAGCACGCUCAUUGAUAAGUGUCUCAUAACUACUUCUGCUCAUAACGAUCUAAAAAUGCAUGAUUUACUACGAGACAUGGCAUUUAACAUUGUUCGUGCAGAAUCUGAUUUUCCUGGCGAACGUAGCAGGUUAUGUCAUCCUCCUGAUGUCGUUCAAGUAUUGGAGGAAAAUAAGGGAACUCAACAAAUUAAAGGCAUGUAUUUGAAGUGGUUACCGAGACACAUACACUUGAAAUCUGAUGCCUUCGCAAUGAUGGAUGGUCUUAGAUUUCUGUGUCUCUCUCACACCGCAGCUACAAUGCACCUUCCUCCUACUGGCUUCGAAUAUCUUCCUAAUAAACUGAGCUAUUUGCAAUGGAAUGGAUUCCCUUGGAAAUCCUUGCCGCCAUCUUUUCGUGCUGAACACCUUGUCGAGCUUCACCUACGCAAAAGCAAGCUUGAAAAACUUUGGACCGGAGUAAAGGAUGUUGGAAAUUUAAGAAUAAUUGACCUAUCUGACUCUCCAUAUUUGACGGAAUUGCCAGAUCUAUCAAUGGCCAAAAAUUUAGUGUCCUUAACACUUAUGGACUGUCCAAGUUUAACCGAGGUUCCGUCAUCUCUUCAAUAUCUUGACAAGCUGGAAUCUAUUAAUCUCCUUCUUUGCCAUAAUCUUAGAAGUUUUCCGAUGCUUGAUUCAAAGGUUCUCAGGUCCCUUUCUAUAAGUCGGUGCCUAAAUGUGACCACGUGUCCAACGAUUUCACAAAAUAUGGGAUACUUACGGUUGGAACAAACUUCAAUCAAAGAAGUUCCACAAUCAGUUACUGGCCGGUUGAAAUAUCUUCAUCUAGAUGGUUGCUCAAAGAUGACCAAGUUUCCGGAGAAUUUAGAGGAUAUAGAAAUAUUAGAACUAAGGGGAACUGCUAUUAAAGAGGUGCCCUCAUCAAUCCAGUUUCUCACAAGACUCCGCAUAUUGAAUAUGAGUGGUUGCUCAAAACUUGAGAGCUUCCCAGAAAUCACAGUGCCUAUGGAAUCUUUGGACUUUCUUUGCUUGAGUAAAACAGGCAUUAAAGAGAUACCCUCGUCAUCAUUUAAGCAUAUGAUAUCCUUGAGGACUCUAUGUUUAGAUGGAACGCCUAUCAAAGAGCUACCCUUGUCAAUCAAAGAUAUGGUAUGUUUGGAAUAUAUUAAAGAGGUGCCCUCAUCAAUCCAGUUUCUCACAAGACUCCGUUAUUUGAAUAUGAGUGGUUGCUCAAAACUUGAGAGCUUCCCAGAAAUCACAGUGCCUAUGGAAUCUUUGCAGAGUCUUGACUUGAGUAAAACAGGCAUUAAAGAGAUACCCUCGUCAUCAUUUAGGCAUAUGACAUCUUUGAGGUGUCUAUUUUUAGAUGGAACGCCUAUCAAAGAGCUACCCUUGUCAAUCAAAGAUAUGGUAUCUUUGCGACAUCUGACUUUCCAUGGAACGGCUAUUAAAGCGUUACCUGAGCUUCCCUCUUCGCUGAGAUUACAUUUUAGAAGGAAUUUUACAAAUUGCUUCCAAUUGGAUCAGAAACAACUGAUAGAGGCAAUGCAUUUGGAAAUUCAGUCCGGAGAGGAGAUCCCACAUGGCAGAAUUCAAAUGGUUCUACCAGGGAGUGAAAUUCCGGAAUGGUUCGGAGACAAAGGAAUUGGAUCUUCACUCACCAUACAGUUGCCCUCAAACUGUCAUCAGCUCAAGGGAAUUGCUUUCUGCCUUGUCUUUCUACUCCCUCCUCCCUCCCAGGACAUGCCUUAUGAAGUCGAUGAUCCUAAUGUUCAUUUAAAUCUUGAUUACCAUGUUAAGAGUAAAAACAGUGAGCAUGAUGGUGAUGAUGAAGUCGUCUUAGAUUCCCAGAAAAGCCUUCUAUUACGUUGGUUGACUCCAUGUGACUCAGAUCACAUGAUUCUACACUACCAGCUCGAAUUGGUAAAUCAUUUACGUAAAUAUUCCGGCAAUGAAGUUACUUUUAAAUUCUACUGGGGAAGGAUGGAAGAUCAUGAGAGCCGAAGGCCUUUCGAGUUGAAAAGCUGUGGGGUGUAUCUGCACUUUGAUGAAAAUCUACGGGCGGACAAAAAGUUCAAAAGAAAAUUUUUGGAGAUAUAAAAGAAAUUGAACGGGAGAGAUAAAAGUUCAGAAGAAAAUAAAUUGAGGGAGAAAUAAAAGAGACUGAAAGGGAGAGAGAGUUCUGUAAUUACUGCAAAUUGAUCUUUCAAUUAUUACUUGGUUUUCAAGAUAGCUGUAAA